CAACUGUAAAUCAAUGGAUGUUAAACCAACACAAACACGGCAGAAGGAGAGAGAAAAACACCAUUUUCAAUUUCAAAUUAUCUGUGGUCUUUCCGCUUGAAAAUUUAGAUCUUUUACAACCCUAGAUUUUGAUCUCUCGAAGUUGUCAGAUUUCUAAAUUACUUUCAAUUCAUCUGAAGAAAGGGGAAAAGUUCCAUUAUCUCUUCAACUGAGUGUCAUUAUCUGAAAGUAUCAAUUUUGGUUUUUUUGAGCAAAGAUUUUCAUUCUUAAAUGAUCAUUUUCGGAUCUUUGAUGGUGCGGUAGUUUGCAUUUUAUCGAAUCGAAAAUCAAGUAAGGGAGUAGGAGAAAGAGCAAAGACGCGUUGACAUUUUUCGGAAAUUGACAAUGUCGUCGUUAUCGGCGAUUAGCGAAGAACUCGGCGAGAUUGAUGGACAAAUCAAUGAUAUUUUUCGUGCAUUAUCAAAUGGGUUUCAGAAGUUGGAGAAAAUCAAGGAUUCAACUAGACAAAGCAGGCAACUUGAAGAGCUCACUGAUAAGAUGCGGGAAUGUAAGAGGCUUAUUAAAGAAUUUGAUCGAGAGGUGAAGAAAUUGGAAGGCAGGAAUGAUCCAGACACAAACAAGACGAUGAAUGAGAGAAAGCAAUCAAUGAUCAAAGAGUUGAAUUCAUAUGUUGCUUUGAAAAAGCAAUAUGCAACCAAUCUGGAAACUAAACGAGUUGAUCUAUUUGAAGGGAGUAGUGAAAAAGUUGGCGAAGAUAAUGUUUUAUUAGCAUCGGCCAUGACAAAUGAACAGCUGGUUGAUCGUGGAAACAGAAUGAUGGAUGAAACUGAUGAAGCCAUUGACAGAGGGAAGAAGAUUGUUCAUGAGACAAUUGGAGUUGGACAAGAAACUGCAGCAGCUCUUAAAGCCCAGACUGAACAAAUGAGUAGGAUUGUUAACGAAUUGGACUCCAUAAAUUUCUCUAUAAAAAAGGCUUCCAAGCUAGUCAAGGAAAUCGGUCGACAGGUUGCUACAGAUAAAUGCAUCAUGGCCCUUCUUUUCCUUAUAGUUAUUGGAGUCAUAGCCAUCAUUAUUGUGAAGAUUUUAAACCCACACAAUAAAGACAUCCGAGACAUCCCUGGAUUGGCGCCUCCAGCUCAAUCACGAAGAUUGCUUUCAUAUCCUUAACUGAAGCUUCUCACAACCAAUAUGAUGCUGCAUUGCUCUCAAACUCCUUUCCAGGUUUCUUAAUUUUGGUCUCUUAUUUACGUGAACGUGUGUUAAUGCUGAUGACUUUCGACUGCAUUGAAGUUUUUGGUGCUGGAGUCCUACGUCAAGUUAAUAUUCAAACUGGUUGAAAAGUCUGGCUUUCUGUACGAUAUUCCAUUAUAACCAUUCAUAGAACUUGCCAAGAAUAUAUCCCAUCCAUCAUACCAAUACAAAACCAGCGACUAGCACUCCAGCAGUGUCCUUUUUUUGGAAGGAUUCAACAGAGAGAUGCUGUCAUAUUCAUUUGGUAUUUCCGUGUUACAGCAAUUAUUCUUUAAUGUCAUUUUCCCGUGACAAAUUCCGCAUAUUCACAUAAUCACAUGUGAUAUCAAGUUUUGUAAAUCAAUGCUUGAAUGAUAUCUUUUUCUUUUUCCACUUGUACUUUUGAAAUUUGUACUCCCCUUGCUUGUACUCCCCUUGCCCUAUCAAAUUUGUCUCUAAAAUUUUCCCCUUUUUGCUUUUGGCCUUGACUCUUACAGUCUUACUCUUUUCUAUUUCUUCUACUGUUCCUGCUUCAUCUGCUUUUUUUGGUUUUCCCUUCAAGAAUGGGGCAGAUUUGGUACGCACAGGGAAUACUUUUGUUCGGAGUUUGGACCUUUUGUACCUUUGAGAAAUAGGCAAUUAUUAGUAUAUUUAAUUAGUUAUUUUAUCUUUGACGUUUUUAAUUUAUCCUUUUGUAGGUGCAAGCUAUGUAAUGAAAUAUUGCUGUAUAAUAUAUGGGUUCUUUAUAGACUGAUUAUUAUGUUUAUCCCGAACCCAUGGAUUCUUUGGAAAUCAAGAAGAAAUAAGUGAAAUUCUUUCUCUAAGUAAGACUAAAAAGAAUAUAGUAAUAUUGAUUUCUCAAGUAUUGUUCACAUAGGAUUUGUGUAACAUUUUUUUCAUUUGUGUUAAAAAUUUAUUAUUAGGGGUUUACAAUUAGUCAAUUACAUUUUUAGAAAAGCUAAUUUUUUUUCAUCAUAAAAUGUCAACAUGUUUUAGAAAUAGAAAUUUGCUAACAAUGUGAAACAGUCGAAACCAGCGUAAAUAAUAUAAUAAUAUUGUCUACAAAGCACAGCGAAAGACUUAUAGAAGUCUGGGCUGAAUUCGACAUGUGGCUCGAUAGCCACAGCAACCAAUAUCAGAGCAUUUAAAAACUUUAUAUAACUGUAAUACAAUUACUUACAACCCAAUUAUAA